ACGACGAGAGUGCGGUGGGAGAAACACCCAGAGAGGACAAACAGAAGCACAACCGAGGGUGCCUGCAACCAUGAGCGGCUUGCACUAUUUGCCCGAGCUGCGGCUGCCUCUGUCGCUCUGCCCGCGGACCAUGUCGUGAGGUGUGGCUCGGAAACGCUCCGGGGAACCUGUCAGCCGAAACGACUCGCCGAGGAGGAGGAGGAGGAGGAGGAGGAGGGGGAGGAGGUGCGGUGGUGGUGGAAAAGAUGUCCGCCUCGGUGGGGCCCCAGGGUGGCCCUCGCCCACCCACCGUGCCGCCGUCCAUGCCGGAUCUACCGGACCUCAGCCAUCUCACGGAGGAGGAGAGGAAGAUCAUCAUGGCAGUGAUGGCUCGGCAAAAGGAGGAAGAAGAUAAAGAACAAGCCAUGCUAAAAACACUGCACCAGCAGUUUGAGAGCUACAAACAGGAGGUGCGUCGCAUCGGGGCAGAGACACGGCGUCAACAGACCCAGCAGAAAGACGACGCGCCCACCUGUGGCAUCUGCCGCAAGACCAAGUUUGCCGACGGCUGCGGCCACCUCUGCUCCUACUGCCAGACCAAAUUCUGCGCUCGCUGUGGGGGGCGUGUCUCUCUGCGCUCCAACAAUGAGGACAAAGUGGUAAUGUGGGUAUGCAACCUGUGCCGUAAGCAGCAGGAAAUUCUCACCAAGUCAGGAGAAUGGUUUUCGGGGUCAGGGGUGCGGCCUGGGAGCCUGGGCACCUCCUUGAACAACCCUGCCACGGGAGGUGAGGCCCAACGGGACAGGAAGCUACUCCGCUCCAGGUCCCAAGCCUCACCUAACACCAACACCAACACAGGGCCGCCCGACGGGACACAGCUGCCCGCCGGUGUCACGGCUGCCAAGGGUGCAGACACCAUGCCUGGUUCUCGCUCCCAAAGUGAACCACCUAGAGAAAAGAAAAGGCCAGUUUCCCUCCAUGAACAAAAUGGUAAAGGAGGUAUGGGGCGUGGCAGUGGCCGGAGACCUGCUGGGAAGCUGCCAUCUCAGUCAUCCCUGGAUGAGCGAGUUGUGCCUGGGGAAAGGGGAGAGAGACGGUUAGGAGAUGGACGGAGGCUGGAGAAAAUCCAUUCUCAGGACUAUGAGGAUGGGCAGGGGAACUUGGGUGGUUCAGAAACACACCGGAGACGCCCAGAGGAUGAGGAGCAAAGGGAGCGGCAGCGCCGUGAGGAGGAGUUCCAGAAUCGUUACCGUAGUGAUCCCAACCUGGCACGAUACCCAGUGAAACCACAAAAGGAGGAGCAGGAGAUGCGCAUGCAUGCUAAGGUGUCCAAGGUCCGCCAUGAACGACGACAUAGUGAUCUGGCAAUCAAUGAGGUCGGAUUGGGGCCUGGUGAAGGAGGAGGUGGAGGCAGCGCAGGGGAGGUGCCUGAAAACCGUCUGGCUAGGAGGGGUGGAAGUGGGGAGGGAGACUGCAAGGCCAUCUUGGAGAACCACCGAGCCUACUCUGUGGAUAGGACCGUGGGGGUUGGAGGGGGAGCUCCACCUCCUGGAGGUGGAGCAAGAUCAGGACCCCAGCCUGGAGGACCGGUGCCUCCAGACUGGGGCCCGAACAAAGGCCGCAUAGAGCCUGGUACAACACGGACACCAAGAAACAAAGGUGGAGAUAACCUGCUGAGGAAGGACUCUCAGAGCUCGGACCAGUCGGAGUCUUUGCGGCCGCCCCCAUCACGGUCAUACAAGAGCAAGCGCGGAGUCAACAAGAGGCAGAUGUCCAUCAGCAGCUCAGAGGAGGAGGGCGGCUCCACGCCCGAGUACACCAGCUGUGAGGACGUGGACAUGGAAAGCGUCAGCGAGAAAGGUGACUGGGACUGUCAUUCUCUAGAUCCUACAGUGUGGCAUCAUCCAGUUACAUGGCAGCCAUCCAAAGAGGGUGACCACCUCAUAGGACGCAUCACGCUAAGCAAGAGGUCGGCCAUGCCCCGUGAGGCUGGCUCCCUCCUUGGUCUAAAAGUGGUAGGAGGGAAGAUGACAGAGACGGGGAGACUUGGGGCCUUUAUCACCAAAGUCAAGAAAGGCAGUCUGGCAGAUGUCGUGGGACACCUACGAGCAGGUGACGAAGUGCUGCAGUGGAAUGGGAAGUCAUUGCCGGGAGCGACUAAGAAGGAAGUAUACAACAUUAUCCUUGAGUCCAAGGCUGAACCUCAAGUGGAAAUAGUCGUUUCAAGACCUAUUGGAGACAUCCCAAGAAUCCCAGAGUCAUCCCACCCUCCUCUAGAAUCUACAGGCUCCAGUUCCUUUGAGUCACAGAAGAUGGACCGUCCCUCUAUAUCAGUGAUGUCUCCUACCAGCCCCGGGGCUCUCCGAGACCUUCCGCUGGUACUGCCCGGACAGCUCUCUGUGAAACUGUGGUACGACAAAGUGGGUCAUCAGCUGAUCGUCAACGUCCUUCAAGCCAUAGACCUACCACCCCGACCAGACGGACGACCUCGGAACCCCUAUGUCAAGAUGUACUUCCUGCCUGAUAGGAGUGACAAGAGUAAACGGCGAACUAAAACGGUGAAGAAGAGCGCUGAGCCCAAGUGGAACCAGACUUUCAUAUAUUCCCAUGUUCACCGACGGGACUUCAGAGAACGCAUGUUGGAGAUCACAGUGUGGGACCAACCCAGAGUCCAGGAGGAGGAGAGUGAAUUCCUGGGAGAGAUCCUGAUAGAGUUGGAGACAGCUCUGCUGGAUGACAUUCCUCAUUGGUAUAAACUUCAGACGCAUGACGUGUCCUCUAUACCUCUGCCCCAGCCCUCCCCGUACCUCCCACGGAGACACGUCCAUGGAGACAGCCCUAGCAAGAAACUACAGAGAUCUCAUCGCAUCAUUGAUACAGAGUUUGAUGAUGGUUUGAUGGUAGUGACUAAAGGUGCAGAGCGUAACUCCAGGGAGAGAGAGCGAGGCAGUACGCUGGCUGUGCCGGAGCAGCAGCGGCCCGUCCAGCAUCGUUCCCGUUCAGUGUCUCCUCACAGAGAGGACUCCUGCAGGGCUCGGUCACGGCCCGCACAUGUGCCCAUGCAAAGGAGUCUGGAUGAGAUCCACCAGAACCGCCACCACUCCCACUCUCCCUCGCGCUACCAUGACUCCCACUUGGAGCACCAGCGCUCUGGUGAAUCAGACUACGAGUACUCUGAGGACAGUGAGGUCCUGGAGAUGCACAGGUCUAUCCGGGGUGGGAGUGCCGAGUGCCUGCACACAAACAGCUCCACCCUCCCUGCAUGCCUAAAGAGCAAGCCGCCCCACAGACAAGACGGGGGUAGCACCAUGCCUCGUAGCAUCCUUACACACCGUGUGCUCAGGUUCACUGAUGAGGUCACUGUUAGUGACCUGCAGCCGUCGUUGGACAGAGUGAGGAGUGCCAGCACCACUUGUCUGAGACCAGACACCAACUUUCACUCCCCUGACAGAGACAGGUGCUCCAACUCUUUGCCCUGCAAGACUCCCCCAAGCCCCAGGAUCUUAGUAGAACAUGUGGCCUCUGAGGAAGACAGUCAGUGUAGCAAUUCAUCAAGUCCAAACUGUCAAAGGGGCAGCAAAAAAAGCCUGGAGGGGGAUAGUCGUAUCCAGCCCACCUCUAUCCUGAGAGGCAGUAGGGGCAGAGGGGGCCCGCUGAGGCCCUUUGGCCAGACAGCCCUGGCUGGGUCCUGCCCAAACUCUCCACGGCUAGACAGAGCACACCCUCAUGGCAGUCCCUCCCCAACGGGGACUCCCUCAUCAGGUCGCAGGGGCAGGCAGCUGCCUCAACUCCCUGCAAAAAGCAGCAGCAUAGAGCAAGCCCUUGCAGUAGAGGAGCGAGCCCGACAGCUGCAGAUGAAAGUACAUUCCUGCCGGCCUUCAGCCUCCCACGACCCUGAGACGGACCUCAAGACCAAACGGGAGAUGUAUGCAGAACGGAGGCGUAGCAGUGACAACAUGUCAGCCAAAUCAUCAGACAGUGAUACGAGCGACGCGUCGGCCCUCUCCCAUGCCAGCAGUGCCUCCCGCCUCAGUAGCACCAGCUACAUGUCUAUCCAAUCAGAACGACCCGGGGGACGACUCAGCCGGCAGUUACGAUCGGUGGGCCGCAGCAUGCUGAAGAGCUCCAGUGUGAGCGGAGAGAUCUAUACUCAGGAGCGCACCGACGGCAGCCAAUCAGACACAGCGCUGGGCACAGUGAGUGGCGGCAGCAAGAAGAGACGCUCCAGCCUUAGUGCGCGGGUGGUGGCCAUCGUUGGCAACCGUCGAAGCCGCAGCACUUCACAGAUCGGCCCUGAGGGGAAGAGUAAGAAGGAGAAAGGUGCACCUAUCCAGCGGAGCACAGAGACCGGCAUGGCAGUAGAGUUGACAAGGAACAUGAGCCGCCAGCCCAGCAGAGAGUCCAACAAUGGCAGCAUGAACAGCUACAACUCUGAGGGGAACUUGAUCUUCUCUGGUGUGAAUCUGGGUGCCAGCAGUCAGUUCAGUGACUUCCUGGAUGGCCUCGGACCAGCUCAGUUAGUGGGAAGGCAAACACUGGCUACUCCUGCCAUUGGUGACAUCCAGAUUGGUAUGAUGGAGAAAAAGGGUCAGCUGGAGGUAGAAGUCAUCAGAGCUCGAGGACUCGUACAAAAGCCAGGAUCCAAAUCCCUCCCUGCUCCAUAUGUCAAGGUAUAUCUGCUGAAUAAUGGAGCCUACGUAGCCAAAAAGAAAACCAAGAUUGCAAGGAAAACACUUGACCCACUUUACCAGCAAGCACUACUAUUCGAGGAAAGCCCGCAGGGUAAAGUCUUACAGGUGAUUGUAUGGGGGGACUAUGGCCGCAUGGACCAUAAAAGCUUCAUGGGAGUUGCACAAAUCCUAUUGGAGGAACUGGACUUAUCAAGCACAGUCAUUGGUUGGUACAAGUUGUUCCCACCGUCCUCCUUGGUGGACCCGACACUUGCCUCCCUAACACGGCGGGCUUCCCAGUCGUCACUGGACAGUUCUUCCGGACCUCCUGGGGUUCGAUCCUAGUGGACCAACAGCUCUACACGCUCGAUGAGUAAAAAACUCAUGAAACAUACUGUAGAGAGACACAAACAAAAAAUGAAGGUGGAAAUGUAGAACAACAACAACAAUCAGAAACAGUCACAACGAGAAAGCUUUGUUGAGAUCUGACAAUCACUUCUGUUGCGGUUCGUUUUGUCUGUUGUAGGGAACGCCACAUUUCAGUGUUUCAUAUCCAUUCAAGAAAAAUCUCUUCGUUUUUUUCUGUGUAUGCUGAAGACGCAGGGCUGCCAACAGACAACAAACAGUAACUGUCAAGACAGGAGACGAAAAGGUGUCAGAGAAUUACACGAAGCGGGGUUGGAUUUAACUGAAUCAAUAAUAGCAAAGAAAUGUACGUAAGCAUCGGAAUGUAAGGACUCAAGACAGAGGUAAUCACCCUCCACACCUGCAGG